UUGUUGUGUUUUAUGCGGAGACACCUUGAAGAUGAUUUCAUAUUUCCCUUUUUGUGGAAAACCUGUUUACUUUGCUGAAAAGAAACGUUCCCUGGGCAGAGACUACCAUCCUCUUUGUCUUAAGUGUUCCCAGUGCAAAUGGCAAUUCAGUCCUGGUCAACAUGCAGAGUACGAUGACAGACCUUACUGUAAUCACUGCUAUCUUCGACGCUUUGGACCAAGAGGAACAAGGCAUUCUCUGACUUCCUUAGUUCCUGGGGCAGCUUCCUCCAAGGUCCCAGUGCCCAGUCACAGCGGCUUGAAGACUGAAUCUUAGAGGCUGGUUAUGGAGCCUCGAUCGAGUUGCAAAAUAUGGCGUUUAUUCGUUUAGUCCCUUAUUAAGAGAAAUGCAAUGGGAAAAUACGUUUGCCACCUAAAGUGAGUAAUAAACCAGAUAAAUUG